GCAAUCCGCAUUUAGAUUCAGCAACACGCGUCCUGCAACUUGAACAGGCGUUUGGGUGACCAUACGACAAUGCCCCUGACAGUACCUAUGGUUCCAACCUUGACGAGAAAGCUUCCACACUGAUGACAGCGAUGAGCCCAGAAAUAGCAGCGUCUGUCUUCCUGUGUUGGCGCUACUGCUGCCUGAGAUCGAUUCUGAUGUCGUGGGCUGCAUUGGCAUUUCCCUUCCUUUCCCCUUCAAGAGCUUCUCACCUCAUCAUCUUGCCACCACCGUCGAUGCGGUGCAGGUCAUACAAAUCAUCAAGAUGGGCCUGUGGCCGGCCAGGCGGCAACUCAGCCCGGCCUGAAAAAGCGGCCUUGAACCGUUGCCCUGUGCUCAUCAAGCCCCUGAUCGAACAGAUGAGGCGACAACGAGCUUGGCGGGAAGAUAACGAUCUAAAAUGGCCCCUGGCUCACUCAUGGCCAGGCUGUGGAAAAUCACCACAGCUGAGGUCGUGGGGGGAGUGUAAGGGCUGUGAAUACAUAGCAGCACGUGAGGUCAGCUCGGUCAGGGGUAAGAAUCUUCUCUUUGCAUGUGAAUGGGCAGCAGCGCAGACCGUGGCAACUCGACGCAUUGAUGAGGGAAAUAGCAUUCAACAGAAGUUCUUGACUUUAGAGCUUCCUUCUGUGCGAUAGCCAAGAUGGAAGUUCCUUGAACGCCGCUACCCGCUGACUCUAGUCGUGCUUCGUCUCCACUCAGAGGCCACUAUCUAGCGGGUAUCUGAAGGUCGCAACCGCGGCCGGGGGUCAUGUAACCUCAAGAUCACCUACCUACCAACACUACUAACAAUAUUGAGUAGUAGUUGGGAGAGUUGAUGCCUGAUUACCACCUGCGAAAAAGCAUACCGAGACAAACUCCUGCCUAAUGAGCAUUUUGGCAGUGCCUAGGCAGCCCGAGGCGCUAGCAUCAACAGCGUUAA